CUAGGUGGGGCGGGAACUGCGAAAGUCCUGGGGCCUGGUGUGGUCCAGGUGGGCUCAGCCCUGCUACCCUCUGUGAGCCUAGGUGGGUGCAGACCCCCCGGGCAGCCGCUGCGCAGAGUGGCUCCGCCCCGAACUGUCACGGACAGCGCAGGCAGGCGGAGGGUGCACCCCGGAGGCUGACGUAGUCGAAGACAUCUGCGGAGCCCAAAGUCGGCCCUGGCCGGCCAGUGACCACGGCCCUCAGGGCGCCACUCCCGGCCCCGCCCCAGGCGUCCCCGCGCCACCGUUUGGCGACACUGCGGCAGGCGGCGGGCGCGUUGCCAUGGCGGCCAGGCGCGCGUAGCUGGCGGUGCCCAGCUCAACCCGUCAGGCACAGAGGCGGCGGCCAGCUUGGAGGGGAUCUACAGGAGAAAGGACCCGCCAGAGAGGGGAUCUGAUCCAGAAGAAACCUGCUGGGGAGGGGAUCCCUGACCAGAACGUGGUCCAGGACCGGAGUUCCAACCUGCGCGCAGGCCCUGCUGAGCGCCAAGAUGCAGGCCAUGGACCCAACCUCCCGGGGCUUCUACGAGGAAGAUGGCAAGGACCUGGACUUCUACGAUUUCGAGCCGCUCCCCACCCUGCCGGAGGAUGAGGAAAACGUGUCUCUGGCUGACAUCCUCUCCCUGCGGGACAGAGGUCUCAGUGAGCAGGAGGCCUGGGCUGUAUGCCUAGAAUGCAGCCUGUCCAUGCGGAGUGUUGCCCACGCAGCCAUCUUCCAGACCCUGUGCAUCACACCUGACACCCUGGCAUUCAACACCAGUGGAAACGUGUGCUUCAUGGAGCAGCUCAGUGAUGACCCCGAGGGUGCCUUUGUACCCCCAGAGUUUGACCUGACAGGAAACACCUUUGAGGCUCACAUCUACUCCCUGGGGGCCACACUGAAGGCUGCCCUGGAGUAUGUGGCAGAACCAGAGCUGGAACCUAGGCUGAGCCCAGACCUGGAGGGACUGCUGAGCCAGAUGCAGGCAGAGGACCCCAGGGGCCGGCCAGACCUGGAGAGCAUCAUAGCCCUGUGCGAGGAGAAGAUGCAGCCUGCGUCCUCAUGCCGCCUGUGCCGUAGCCUCUCAGCCAUUGGAAGAAGGGUGCUCUCCAUUGAGUCCUUCGGAGCAUUCCAGGACCUCAGCGAGAACACAUGGAGAGGAAGACCUGCUCCAAGAAAUGUGGGACCCAAGAAGGUGCCAGGAGACCUCAGCACUGAUCCAGAGGCACUGUCUUCACCAAGGGCUCUGCUCCAGCCUCCUGCCUCCAAAGAUGCAGAGCAGGAGGCUGGUCAUGGUCCCAGAGCCCCCUCUCCCAAACCACUGCUAUCAGCCCCCAUGAGAAAUGGUGAGAGCCCAGGACAGGAAGGGCUGGCCAACCUUGUCCUGGAUACCAGGUGCCCCCUGGGUGAGCUGGACAGAGACAUCCUCAGGCGAAGCCGGCUGAAAAAAGCUCAGACAUUUCCCAGGCUACUGCAGGAAAGCACGGAGGCCAGCACCCUCUGCCUGUCACUGACCAGCUCAAGAAACCAGCUGACCAUAUCUGAGUUCUUCCCCCCAGACCCCAGGAAGCUCUUCCUGGAGGGGAAAAAUGGUCUUUCUGGCUUCAAGGCACAGUCCAAAAGCAGACUUUGGCCAGAGCAGGAGCCUGGAGUCCAGCUGGGUAAGGGACCAGGUGCAGGCCGCAAUCCACAUAGGAGUCCAGGAGCCUCAGGACAAUGGGAGGCUUCAUCUCCUAGCCAGGGACCUGUAGAGUACACACCUUUGCCCUGCCUUGUAGACCCUGAAGAUUCUGACCAUGAAGGCCAAAUAUCUAGGAGUGAAGAGGGGAUUCCAGGAGGAUCUGGACAGCUGGAAAGUGCAGCCAAAGCACAGAGCCUCUCCCUGCAGGACCUUCUGUCUAAACUAGGCCGGCCCUUCAGGGAGUACGAGCUGUGGGCCCUGUGCCUCUCCUGCCUUAGCACGCUGCAGACACAUAUGGAGCACCCAGCCCGCCUGUGCCUGGACAACGUGCUGGUGGCUGAGGACGGGACUGUGUUCUUCGGACCACCCCCUGCCAAUGGCUCCUACAACUCACUCUUCCUGGCUCCCGAGGUGGCUGAAGAGGAAUUGGUGACGGAGAAGGCCUCUGUCUACUGUGUGGCUGCAGUUCUGUGGACAGCAGCCAAGUUCAGUGUACCCCGAGACCAUAAACUGGCCCUGCCACGCAGGCUCAAGACACUCCUUCUGGAUAUGGCCAGGCGCCAUGCCUCGGAACGGCCAUCUGCAGCCGAGGCCAUCAAGGUGUGCAGCAGCUACCUCCUUCAGCGAGGCAUGGACAGCAGCAAGAUUCUAGCCCACCUGCGGGCAUCCACCUGCAAGGUUCAUCCAGAGGAAGAGACCAUCGGUCUCCAAAAUGCCUUCUCAGUGGUUGAACUGAAACCUCCCAUGGAGCCUGCUCCUGAGACUAGUCCAGGCUUCCUACAGGUCAGCAGUGAUACCAAGCUUGUCGCUGUCCCAGGGCCUGUGUCUAGUCUACCCCCUUGUUGCAAAGAAGCCCGUGAGCUGCCAGCAGCCUUCACCUCUGAGGCCACUCACUUUAAGCCCAUAGUCCUGGCUCAGGACACGGGCGUCACCAGAGACCAGUUUGCCUUGUCCUCAGACCCAAAUGAGAAGCCCAAAGUUGGAAAUGGUCAGCUGGACAGUGAGGGGACAAGAAAGCAGGCUUCCCAGGAGCAUGAUGAGGACACUGACCUGAAAACAGCUGACCAGCUGCCACCUGGUCUGGGACUACAGGGAGCAACUCCAGACCCUGCUGGUGACUCAGUGCCCCACAGCUCAGCCAAGGAGUGCUCCUGCCCACAUGGCCCUUCUCUGGCCACCCAGCAAAACGGAGCAUCAGGGACACCCAGCUCUCCUGCCUCUUCCCUGACCUCUGAGCACAGACCAGAUGGUCAGGGUCCACUAGGAACCACUCUGCCCUCAGGGGCCACCUCAGCCAGCCAAGGCCCUCAACACCCUUGUAAACCACCCAGAGGCAAAGCUGCAGUCAGUUCCGGCAGCCCUAGGGGCCCAGAUGGUCAUCUCGAGAAGCCUCGGCCAGCAGACCGCAAGCUCUGUCCAUCCAGUGUGGAUACCUCAUCACCCCCUAAGAUGACAGCCAGCCCCUCACUGCAGGAAGCCAUGCGUCUAAUCCAGGAGGAGUUUGCCUUUGAUGGCUACCUGGACAACGGGCUAGAGGCACUGAUCAUGGGGGAGUAUAUUUACGCCUUGAAAGACCUCACCUUUGCCACCUUCUGUGGUGCCAUAUCUGAGAAGUUCUGUGACCUGUACUGGGAUGAGCAGCUGCUGCAGAACCUCUUCAAGGUGGUCAAUGGGCCAGCCUCACCCUCUGAAAGCACUUCUGAGGAGCCUGGAUCCCAGCCAGAACACUCACCCAGCAGAUGCUCAGUGUCAAGCAAAAGGCCUUCCCUGCAUGGACUCGGCAAGGCGAAACCGGCCACAACCCGGGGCAGUGGGGGCCCCUGCUCACCCACAGCGCUAUCAGAUAUAGACUCCGACACGCUCUCUCAAGGAAAUUUUGAGGUUGGAUUUCGGUCUCAGAAGUCAAUAAAAGCCACACGAGACCAACAACCAGAGGCUGAAGUGGAUGGGCAGCAAGGCCCAAGCCAGGAACCAACCAGCAAUGCCUCCGACAUGGUGGCCCGGCUGGCCAAGUCUGAGGACGGUGGUCCAGCUAUGUCCCCAGGGGCAGCCGAUUUCCAGAACUGCAGCCCUGGCUGGUCCAGUGCCUUCUAUGAAGCUGACUGCUUUGGAGCCGAUGUCUACAACUAUGUGAAGGAUCUGGAGAGGCAGAAGGCCAAUGGACACACAGAACUGGAAGCCCAGAGUCCAGAGCUGGAGCAGCAGCUCAUGAUAGAGAAAAGAAACUACAGGAAGACCCUAAAGUUUUACCAGAAACUCUUACAGAAGGAAAAACGGAAUAAAGGCUCUGAGGUAAGGACCAUGUUGUCCAAACUUCGAGGACAGCUGGAAGAAAUGAAGUCCAAGGUGCAGUUCCUGGGCCUGGUCAAGAAGUACCUUCAGGUCAUGUAUGCAGAGCGCUGGGGGCUGGAGCCCUGUGCUCUGCCAGUGAUUGUGAACAUAGCAGCAGCCCCCUGUGAUACGCUGGAUUUCAGCCCCCUGGACGAGUCUUCUUCUCUUAUCUUCUACAAUGUCAACAAGCACCCAUGCAGCAGCCGGCAGAAGAAGGCCCGCAUCCUGCAGGCUGGCACACCACUGGGACUCAUGGCCUACCUCUACUCCAGUGAUGCCUUCCUUGAGGGCUACGUCCAGCAGUUCCUCUACACUUUCCGGUACUUCUGCACACCGCACGACUUCCUGCACUUCCUCCUCGACCGCAUCAGCAGCACCCUAUCCAGGGCUCACCAGGAUCCUACCUCGACCUUCACCAAGAUCUACAGGCGGAGCCUCUGUGUCCUGCAGGCCUGGGUGGAAGACUGCUACACUGUGGACUUCAUAAGGAAUGCGGGACUCCUGGGACAGCUUGAGGACUUCAUCUCUUCCAAGAUCCUGCCCCUAGAUGGCACUGCCAAGCACCUGCUGGGCCUCCUGGAGGUGGGCACUGAGCGGCGAGCUGACAGUACCUCUCGAGGUGCAGACCUAGAGGAUCCUAAGGAAGCAGAGGAGGACAGCAGACCCUUUAAUGCCCUCUGCAAGAGGUUCUCGGAGGAUGGCAUCUCCCGGAAGAGCUUCUCCUGGAGGCUUCCCCGGGCCAACGGGCUAGUGCUGCCACACCAUAAGGAGCGCCAGUACACCAUUGCAUCAGCCCUGCCUAAGCCCUGCUUCUUCGAAGACUUCUAUGGCCCCUACGCCAAAGCCAGUGAGAAGGGGCCUUACUUCUUGACAGAGUACAGCACCAACCAGCUCUUCACUCAGCUGACACUACUGCAGCAGGAACUGUUUCAAAAGUGCCACCCUGUCCACUUCCUAAAUUCACGGGCGCUGGGUGUCAUGGACAAAAGUGCAGCCAUUCCCAAAGCCAGCUCUUCUGAGUCUCUCUCUGCCAAAACCUGCAGUCUAUUCCUCCCCAAUUAUGUCCAGGACAAGUACCUGCUACAGCUUUUAAGAAAUGCAGACGAUGUCAGCACCUGGGUGGCUGCUGAAAUUGUGACCAGUCAUACCUCCAAGCUGCAAGUGAACUUGCUGUCCAAAUUCCUGCUGAUUGCAAAAUCUUGCUAUGAACAGAGGAACUUUGCAACAGCCAUGCAGAUCCUGGGAGGUUUGGAGCACCUGGCUGUAAGGCAGUCCCCUGCCUGGAAAAUUCUGCCUGCGAAGAUUGCUGAGGUCAUGGAAGAGCUGAAAGCCGUGGAGGUGUUCCUGAAGAGCGACAGCCUGUGUCUGAUGGAAGGGCGGCGCUUCCGGGCCCAGCCUACCCUGCCCUCUGCCCACCUGCUGGCCAUGCACAUCCAGCAGCUAGAGACAGGGGGCUUCACCAUGACGAAUGGAGCCCAUAGGUGGAGCAAGCUGAGAAACAUCGCCAAGGUGGCAAGCCAAGUGCACGCGUUCCAGGAGAACCCCUACACAUUCAGCCCUGACCCCAAGCUACAGGCUCACCUCAAGCAAAGAAUUGCCCGUUUUAGCGGGGCGGAUGUGUCCAUCUUAGCAGCAGAUAACAGGGCCAACUUCCACCAGAUCCCAGGCGAAAAGCACUCCCGGAAGAUCCAAGACAAACUGAGGAGAAUGAAAGCCACAUUCCAGUAGCCAAGGCCCCCAUCUGGGUGUAGACUCCGAGUGGAACCAGACCAGGGAACAUGGGUCAGGUGGAAGGAACCCCCAGGGCUGCUUGUGGAGGCUCAGGCCCACUGAGUGCCCUGGAGAACUGUUUUUACUUCCCAGAACAGAAUUGGAAGUGCAAGGGACUACCCUGAGGCCAUCCACCAGGAGGACUGAGCCAACUCCAACCUAGCCUUAUUCCCAAGGCAGGGUGGACACAGAGUUUGGUGGGCCUAUUCUUGCUAGAAUUUAAAAAAUCAAAUUUACAAACAAAAAGGGAAUAGAUUAAAAACAUCCCCAGAGCUUCAGAUUUCUCCUGUACCUGGGGUUCCCACCUAUUUUUCAUUGACCUCUCCAAAACCCAACACCCACCCACGUCUGACUCCAAAAAGAGCCCAAACAUAGCGCUUGCUGACCGGUGUUUUUGUUUCCACUCAGCAAGAAGGACCAAAACUAUCUUUUGCACUCGGCAGCUCCAAAGGGUCUGGAACCUUCCACUGGAGCCCAAGGUUUCUAGCAACCUGUCUUGGCCAGGUUUAUACUUCCACCCCAUCUACAGUCAAUCCUGCCAAGCCCUCCCUGGCCCUCUCAGCCUCCAGAGAGUAGGAGAAGCUGCUUCUCUGUCCCAGCUGGGCCUUCUGCCUCAGCAGUUGACCCACUCCACGGCCUGUUGCCUCCUGCCCCCAGCUUACAACAGCUGCAGUUGACAGGGAUGCUGGGCCGAGGCUCUUGCUCCCCGGAAAAGGGGAAAGAACACCGCACACCAACAGCAGCACCAACGCAGGUUCGCCUUCCGGGGGCCUCUGGGAGCAAAGUCCCUUUACUGCCACGUGGGCCCUGAGAAAGGCUGCCUACCAGCCUUCAGCAGCUGUGCAUGCGCACACCCAUCCACUGUGUUCCCUCGGCUCUGCGCUUUGUUAGACAAAGGUGUGAGCGAAGCUUGCUGCCUCGAUGGCAUCAGACACCUGGGUUUCUAGAUCCUCAACAGCUGGUGCUGGGCUUUGGCUCAGUGGGAAGGGGUCCACUGGCCAGGAGGGCUGAGAAUAUGAUGGAGUGCAGCAGGUGGGAAACUUCAUGUUGUUCAGACACAUAAGCAACUGGCACCAACCGAGCCCUGCCUGCCACAAGACCAAGACUGUUCUGUAUAUUAGAAGUAGGGAUUUUUGUAGUGAAGCAGCUAGUGGUAUUUCUAGGAAGCUGUGACUUGUGAUCAAAUGCUGGGAUUUUUAAUGCUGAGAUGUAUUUCCUCACAUGAAUUUGCUGGAGACACCAGGCCCUGCUUACACUGGAUGUAAGUGAGACUGGGAGUCCUGGCCAUGCACACGCAACUAACUGUUUUGGGACUUUUCUAUAAGGAUUAUGCUCUGUUGAUCAACGCCUACAUUUUCAGAUUUUGUAUCUAGUGCAGGAGAUAUCCAGCGCAAACCAGCAUUCCAAUGGUGCUGACUUGUUGCGUGGGGAAGUGGACAGGCUUUUGGCUUCAGCACUGUUUGCAUGGCACCCUGAUGUCACAAGGUACAGAUUUCUAAAUAAAGUCAUUUCUACCAAG